UAAUUUAUACUCUCUUUAAUAGAUUUCUUCUAUGUGUGGAUUUUGAAAAUAAUUAUUUGUUGGCCUAAAUACAUAGAUAACUUUUCAAAAUGGGGAGAAGAGUAACUUCUACCACCAAGGGUGGGAAAUUUAUGAACCCCACUGAUCAGGCCCGAAAGGAAGCGAGAAGGCGUGAGUUACGCAAAAAUAAAAAGCAAAGGCUGGCAGUGAGGCAAGCUGUAAUAAAAACAAAAGAUCCAAGACAAAUGCUUGCUGAGUUGGACACUCUCGAUGAAAUGGAACUUAAUCCAUCUGAAAAUCUUCCCUAUAACGACAAAGUCGUGAAAGAAAAACGAAUCAAGUUGCUGGAAAAUAUUCAAAGAAUCACACAAUACUAUCUUCGUGAGGAUCCUGAGCAAGGAGCUGAAUUAAAACUUCUUGUUGAUAAUUAUAGAAAGGAUCGUUUGAAGAAAGAAGUAUAUUAUGAAUCUGUGCGAAAUGCUCAAAAAGUUACAAUUGAUAGUAUUCCCCUUCCUGAUGCUCCAUUUCAAACUCCGCAACUCAGUGACAUACCAUUACCUGGAAUCCAGCCACAAGGAAUUUUGAAAAAGAAUCCUACUUCUGUAGGAUUUUUUUCUAAGACUGAAAGAAAAAAAGAUCCACCAGGACCACCCCCGGGUCCUCCACCCCUGAAAAAAAGAUUCAAAGGUAAUACUCGUUUUCUUUAUCCAAGGCCACCACCUGGAACUCCUUCGAUGGAAAAGUCAAUAGAUAAUGAUAAAGAUGCCUAUGAUCCAGAGGAAGGUCCAAUAUUGGGUGAUGUUGGCAGUGACAGCGAUGAAGAAGAAAUUGCUGCUGAUCAUGAGGAUGCAGAAAAAUCUGAUGAUGAAUUUUAUCACCGUGACGAUGAUCUGGAUGAUUCUACUUCCGGAGGAAGAAAAAGAGUGCAGUCACGUGAUGGAACAUCAGACAAUGAAGAUGGCAGAGAUGCGUCAAAACAUGCAAGACUAGAAGACGCUUCUGGUAUUACUCCACUUCAAGCUAUGAUGCUGAAAUUGGCUGGUCAAAGUGUGCCAACGAAGGACUCAAAUGGAAAAGUUGAUGCGGCUGAUAGUGAUAUACCUAGCAAAGAUGUGAAAAAUACAAGAUUCUCUGAAACUCAACAAAAACCACCUCCUGGCCCUCCACCUGGUUUGCCUCCUGGACCACCCAGAUUACCACCAGAUGUUGCUACAGGCAGGAUACAGGGAAGAAUGUUACCACCUGGCCCACCACCAGGCCAUCCACCAACACUGCCACCUGGCCCACCACCAGGUUUGCCACCAACAAUGCCAAUCCGCAUGGGCAUGAUGCCUUCAAUUCGUCAGCAAAUACCAGAAAGAUUUAAUAGAAGUAUACAAGCUGAAAAUCCAAUCAAUAACGCUAAUGUUUUGAGUGCACCUCCAAGUUUGAUUCAGCAUCGACAAGAGAAGGAAAAAGAAGGAAUGCCUGCUAUGAUUGUUGCUAAACCAAAGAUCAUCAACAACCCCAAGGCAGAUGUCACAAGAUUUAUGCCAACGUCUAUUCGUGUAAAAAGACAAACUACAACGAAAAUUGGACCAAACAGGCCUACCAAUGUUUCUGCUCCAUCAUCUUCUGACAGAAAUAGACAAGAGAAAAACAAAAAAGGAAAGUUGAAUGCUGAUGUUGCAUAUGACUCUUUUAUGAAAGAAAUGCAGGGUUUCCUUUAGAUUAUUCGCCUAUUUUUAACUGCAUGGUAUUUAUUCUCUUUCCAUCUGAUAGCUACCUGCACUCCAGUGUGAUUGGCUGAUCGAGUGAUCACAAAUCAAUUUUUCUGCAUGUGUGGUCUUCUCAAUUUUUAUAUGUUUUAAUAUGUAUCAUAUUUAGGGUCACUGUUUAAUAAACCGAUAUGUCAAAAUUAG